AUGAUUGUCGGACACGAUCCGGCCGUCGAUGUGGUUGUCGUGGUUGCCGUGGUCUCGGCUGCCGUUGAUGUUGGUGGCGUCGUGGUUGUCGGACACGAUCCGGUCGUCGACGUGGUUUUCGUCGUAACCGUGGUCUCGGCUGCCGUUGAUGUUGCUGGCGUCGCUUUUAUCGGAGUCGCUCCAGGCGUCGACGUGGUUGUCGUCGUAACCGUGGCCUCGGCUGCUGUUGCUGUCGCUGUCGCUGGCGUCGCUGUUGUCGGACACACUCCCGUCGUCGACGUGGUUGUCGUGGUUGCCGUGGCCUCUGUGGCGAAGCGCGGUGAACACUCUGCCGACAAAGGGGCGUAUAGAUACACUUAG